AAAAUGCAGCCCAAGUCAUUGAUAAUGGCGUUUAAAAAAAAGAAAAUGAGGAAAAAAAAAGAGUAUGUUAUCUCCAAUGCGUCAUCAAGGCGGAGAAUGCUGAGCUAUAUAAAAGACUUGGAUGUUUCAUCAAUCUAGCAAAACUCCAAGCAAAUGCCGGCCAAGAGGCCUGCCAGUUAUCUUCCUUCUAAUUUCUUGAACCAAAAAUCUCAUUACACUUGUUCCUUUAUCUUUACUAUGUCACCAAGCAACCACUGUAUCUUCGACUCUCCGCCACAGGAUGGGCUGUAUUCUUGACAAGAAUUCAGGGAGAUCCCCACACAAUCAGGGGCUAGAGACACUGAAACAGGAACGGGGAUAUGUAAGGAGGCCUGAAGGUGAAAACAAGAGAGUGGUAGCGUUGAAUGGCGGUGAUGGAGAUGGAGAUGGAGAUGGAGAGAAAUUGGUUGUCGUCAAAGAAGGUUUAAAGAAUGGUGAUGUUGGAAAUGUCUCACGAAGAAUUACUCUGAAGAAGAUUGGUGGAGAUGAGCUGGUGGAUGGGUGGCCAAAGUGGCUCGUCGAUAACAUUCCGAAAGAAGUCUUGGCUGGUUUGGUUCCAAAGAGCGCCGACUCUUACGAUAAGCUGGCUAAGAUUGGCCAGGGAACUUAUAGCAAUGUGUACAAGGCUAGAGAUAGGGACACUGGAAAAAUUGUUGCCCUAAAGAAGGUUCGGUUCGAUACAUCAGAAUCUGAGAGUAUUAAUUUUAUGGCAAGAGAGAUAAUGAUACUACAGAAGCUGGAUCAUCCUAAUAUCAUCAAGCUUGAAGGUCUAGCCACAUCAAGGAUGCAAUACAGUCUUUACCUGGUCUUCGGUUUCAUGCAGUCAGACCUCACUAGGGUCAUCUCCCGUCCUGCCCACAGGCUCACCGAACCGCAGGUUAAAUGCUAUAUGCAACAACUGCUAUCAGGUCUCCAGCAUUGCCAUGAGAGAGGAAUUUUACACCGAGAUAUCAAAGCUUCCAAUCUGUUGAUAGACAAAAAUGGGAUGCUGAAAAUUGCUGAUUUUGGGCUUGCGAAUGUCUUCAUUCCUAAACCAAAACGACCACUUACAAGCAGAGUAGUAACACUCUGGUAUCGAGCUCCAGAAUUACUCUUGGGUUCCACUGAUUAUGGAGUAGGUAUUGAUCUUUGGAGUGCAGGAUGCCUAUUAGCUGAGAUGUUUACCGGAAGGCCAAUUAUGCCUGGAAGAACAGAGGUUGAGCAACUUCAUAGGAUUUUCAAGCUAUGUGGCUCACCGUCAGAGGAUUACUGGAAAAUAAUGAGGCUACAAACAAGCUUCCGACCACCACAGCAUUACAAACCUAGUUUUCAAGAAGCCUUCAGGGAUUUUCCUGACUCUUCAUUCGGUCUCUUGACCACACUUCUUGCUCUGAACCCUGCAUACCGCGGCACUGCAACUUCUGCUCUUCAAAGUCUUUUCUUCAGUACAAGUCCAUUGGCAUGCCAACUUUCAGGUCUGCCAGUGAUAUACAAAGAGGAGGAUGAGCCAAGUCAAGCCAAUGAUAGAAACAAGAAGCGUAAAAAAUCUAAAAUACUAUCCUCUGGAGUAAAUCAUGAAUGUCAUAGAAGAAAAACUGUGAGUACUCAACAAGCAAAAGAAGAUACUGAGUCUUCUAAAGAGCUUGAGAGGCAUUCAGAGUCAAAUAUGAGUGGGCAAGAGACAGGAAACAACAGUGGAAGCAGCACAUCUUCCAGUCUAAAACCAAUUACAGAAAAACAAAAGAUGCACAUAAUUCGUCCAUCAUUUUCACCCAUUGGUCCUUCUCGCCAAGACAGAUCUAUGAGAAGAACUGAAGCUCACCCUAAUGCAGUCAAGAAUCUCCAGAACUUCACCCUUCUGCAGGCUUCAAUUACAGAUAUUGUCAACCAUAACAAUGGAAUGCCUGCCUAUCGUCGUUCUCUUUCUACACUCGAUUUUCGCACUCUUGACCCUGAGAAGAUAUCCAAACUCUUUGGAAUUGAGAAAGAAUGAGCCGUACGGUAAUUCUAUGAUCGAUAUUCCUUAUUAGAAGAUAUAUUUCAUUAGUAUUCUUUGUUUGGUUUUGCACCCAACAGUGGGUGCAAACUUAGACAUUUAAUGAUAUUUCUGUGUUUAGAUUCAUAUGUAUAUGUGUUUAUGAAAUUUUUUUUUUUUUUAGUUUGAAUUCAUAUAAAUAUAUAUUCUUUUCU